CGUACACAAAAAUCGUAUGAAGGUUCUGGCCUCGAUCGCACAACACUUUCGCCGGUAACCGGAUUCGGACGAAACGUGCGGUGUACACUCUUUCCACUCACGACCGCUACGAGUUGUCGACAUGGGCGACGCGAACCGAAACGACUCCCUGUUCGACGUCGGCAGUUGAACUUGUCACGUACCUGCACGUUCGAACACCUCCAUCCGUCGACUUUUGCGAGUGCACUUGCAUCGUUCUCGAUCUGUACCGCGGCGUGAUUUUUUUAGGCGAAAAAAAACAGGGUGGAAAAAAUGAUCGAGUCGAUCAUUUACAGCCUCGUGUUGGCUCCGUGCGUGGCUUUUGUCUCGUACUUGGUGUACUCACGGCUGCAGAAGCCGUUGGAAUACCGGCAGAUCUCAUCGCACGUCCCGUCCGCUACGAAAACUUUCUGGAGCGAAGUUCAACUCUCGUGGAACUUGGCGAUGAAAUCUCCUAAAGAACUAUUACCAACCUUCACUAAAAUAAUCAAAGAUUACGGCCCAGUAGUUCAUUUUAACCUUUCCGGACGGUCAUACGUUUUUCUUACCGACCCAGAAGAUAUAAAAAUUCUCUUAUCCAGUUCAGAACAUUCUUACAAAGGUCCCGAGUAUGACAUGUUGAGACCUUGGCUAAACGACGGCCUAUUAUUAAGCUCUGGUCCGAAAUGGCAAAAGCGCCGAAAACUCCUCACAAAUACUUUUUACUUCAAAACACUAGACAUGUACAACAAAUCAUUAAAUAAGCACGCCCAGGUCUUGGUGAAAAAAUUGUUGGAAGCGUCUGCAGACGAUACAGAAAUCUCUGUUAUGGAAUAUGUAACACUAUGUUCUUUGGACAUGAUUUGUGAAACAAUUAUGGGGACUGAAAUGAAUGCCCAGGAAGGUAAAUCUGUUCAGUACGUUCAUUCUAUUAAAAGUGCUUGUAGAUCAGUGAUCGAUCGAAUUUUUCAAUUCUGGCUGUGGAAUGAUUUUGUUUUCAAAAUCAGUAAAUGUGGUCAAACAUUUUACAGUUCAAUCAAAGUGCUGCAUGACUUUACCGAUAAAGUCAUCGAAAAUAAAAAAACACUUUUAAAAAAUGAAAACAACUCAAAUAUAACGCACGACAAAAAUGUUGGAAGGAUGCAAAAGAAAUCAUUUCUGGAUUUAAUUUUAAACAUAAUGGAAGAUAAUCCCGACCAGUUAACCGACAAAGACAUACGAGAAGAAGUGGACACGUUUUUAUUCGAAGGCCACGACACGACUUCUAUUUCAAUAACAAUGACUUUGGUAUUGUUAGGAAUGCACCCAGAUAUACAGGACAGAGCCAGGGAUGAGCUCCGAAGCAUUUUCGAAGACUCUGACCGAGACGUAACGAUGGAAGACUUGAACUCGAUGAAAUACUUAGAGGCAAUCAUCAAAGAAUCGCUUCGACUGUAUCCAAGCGUGCCAGGAUUUACCAGAGAACUUCAAACUACAUUGAAGCUAAAGAACUACAGUAUUCCUCCCAUGACAACCGUUGCAAUUUAUCCUUAUAUUCUACAUAGAAUCGAAACAUUAUAUCCAAAUCCUGAAGAAUUUGUUCCUGAAAGAUUUUUAGAUGUAGAUAAUAAAUCAAAAUUUUUAUUUGGAUAUUUGCCUUUCAGCGCUGGCGUGAGAAACUGCAUUGGACAAAAGUAUGCAAUGAAUCAAAUGAAAACAGUCAUAUCGACCAUUCUACGUAGGUCUAAACUCGAAACAUUGGGAAGUAAAGAUGACAUUUCGAUUAGUACGCAAUUAAUCAUUAGAAUAGAAUCACUUCCAAAAAUGAAAUUCUUUAGAAUUUAACUUUUAUACGACCAUGUUAGUAAAUUCACUAAUCGGUCUCAGAAGUCCUACUCAAAACGAGUUUAACGACGAGUUCCUCCUUUGUUGUUAUUCAGCUUCAAAUAGAUGUUGUUUUAAAAUAAUAACUAUAUGCUAGUCAAAAUAUCUAAUAAAAUAAAAUAUAAACUUUGAAAAA